CACGAUGGCAGACACUAAUCCCUCCCCUCUGAAACACUUUGUGCUGGCAAAGAAGAAGAUUACUGCCAUUUUUGAACAGCUGCUGGAUUAUGUUACAGAAGGAACCGAUUUUGUUAAUGAAACCUAUGGAAAUCCGGAGUUGGAACACAUUGUCACCGAGGAUGCCCUGGCAGAAGUUCAGGCGUAUAAAAACAAGCUGGCCGUCAUUGGCGAGGUGCUUGCCCGGCGGCACAUGAAAGUGGCCUUUUUCGGCAGAACUAGCAGUGGCAAGAGCUCCGUGAUCAAUGCCAUGCUCUGGGACAAAGUGCUCCCCAGCGGCAUUGGCCACACCACCAACUGCUUUCUCAGCGUGGAGGGAACGGACGGGGAUAAGGCUUACCUCAUGACCGAAGGCUCCGAAGAAAAGAAGAGCGUCAAGACGGUCAAUCAGCUUGCCCAUGCCCUCCAUAUGGAUAAAGACUUAGAGGCCGGCUGCCUGGUACACGUCUUUUGGCCGAAAGCCAAGUGUGCCCUCCUGCGAGAUGACUUGGUGCUGGUGGACAGCCCCGGCACGGAUGUCACCACCGAGCUUGACAGCUGGAUUGACAAAUUCUGUCUGGACGCUGAUGUCUUUGUUCUAGUUGCCAACUCAGAAUCGACUCUCAUGAAUACGGAGAAGCAUUUUUUUCACAAAGUGAACGAGAAACUUUCUAAGCCAAAUAUCUUCAUCCUGAACAAUCGUUGGGAUGCUUCCGCCUCAGAGCCUGAGUACAUGGAGGAUGUACGGAAACAGCACAUGGACCGUUGCCUCACUUUCUUGGUGGAGGAGCUCAAAGUUGUGGACCCUUCCGAAGGCCAGAACCGAAUCUUUUUUGUUUCAGCCAAGGAGGUCCUUAGUGCUAGAAAACAGAAAGCUCAGGGAAUGCCGGAGGGAGGGGGUGCGCUCGCCGAGGGAUUUCAGACACGGUUCCAGGAAUUCCAGCACUUCGAGAAAGUGUUUGAGGAGUGUAUCUCGCAGUCAGCCGUGAAAACAAAGUUCGAGCAGCACACUAUCAGAGCUAAACAGAUCCUAGAUACUGUGAAAAACAUUAUGGACUCCAUAAACGUGGCAGCAGCUGACCAAAGAGUACGUUCCAUGGAGGAGCGAGAGGAGCAGAAAGACAGGCUGGAGUUCGUCCGGAACCAGCUCAACCUUCUCACGGACGACAUUAAGUUAAAAAUCAAAGAGGUUACGGAGGAAGUAGCAAACAAGGUGUCCUCUGCCAUGACUGAUGAAAUUUGUCGACUGUCGGUACUGGUAGAUGAAUUUUACUCUGAUUUUCACCCGUCCCUACAAGUUUUGAAGUUAUAUAAAAGCGAACUCAACAAGCACAUAGAAGAAGGCUUGGGAAGGAACCUGGCUGACCGGUGCUCCAGCGAAGUCAACACAUCCAUGCAUCAGUCACAGCAGGAAAUGAUCGAAAACCUGAAGCCGCUCUUGCCUUCCGGGGUUCAGAAUCAGCUCCAUGUGCUCAUCCCGUGCAGGAAGUUUGACCUCAGCUACGACCUGAACUGCCACAGCCUGUGUGUGGAUUUCCAAGAGGAUAUCACGUUCCGGUUUUCCCUGGGCUGGACCGCCCUCGUCAGUCGGUUCCUUGGCCCGAAAAAUGCUCACCGGAUGCUCGUAGGCUUGACCGAGCCAACCUUGGCCCUCCCGAGGUCUCUUGCCUCGACCCCUUGCGCUGCCAGCACCCCUACCUUGGCCCCAGAGAAUCCGUCACAAGAGGAACUCAUGGUUUCCUUGGUAACAAAUUUGGCGUCACUGACCUCUCGGACCUCCAUGACCGUCAUCAUUGUCGGAGGAGUGAUUUGGCGAACAGUUGGCUGGAAGGUCAUCUCCCUCUCCCUGAGCAUGUACGGGCUGCUGUAUCUCUACGAGAGGCUCACCUGGACAACCAAAGCCAAAGAGCGGGCCUUUAAGCAGCAGUUUGUCAACUACGCCACCGAAAAGCUGCAGAUGAUCGUCACCUUCACCAGUAAAAACUGCAGCCACCAGGUGCAACAGGAAAUGGCCACAACGUUCGCCCGCCUCUGCCAGCAGGUCGACAUCACCGAGAGAAACCUGGAAGGGGAGAUUGCCAGGCUGUCAAAAGGAAUCGACCAGCUGGAGAAAAUCCAGAGCAACUCCAAGCAACUACGGAAAAAAGCCGUUCAGCUGGAAAACGAACUCGACGGUUUCACAAAGCAGUUUCUCCAAACAAAAUGA